AUGAACCAUCUACCCCCUGAAUUGUUGUGUCAUAUUCUUGAGUACGCCUCUAUAGGAGAUUCUGUGAAUCUUUUCAGUACUUGUCGUUAUUUUAGGGAUAUCGGCGCCACCUUCGUCGAGAAGUAUCUAGACGGCACUGAGGAAGCUAGAGACGUCUUGGAUGGAAGACUAAGCGUUGUCGGUGCGAUCACCCGCGCCCUUAGUCUGGAUACCUCCAUCAAGAAUGGAUGUGCAUUUUCUAUUCGACAGAUUGCCGCUGAAAUUGAGGAACAAUUUAUGUGUUACAACAACCUGGUUUGUUACCAACGGUCAGGAUAUAUAUAUGUCUACAACAACGCCCGUCGGGCCGAGGACUACGCCAUCGAUAUUCAGCAUAUUGAGACCUUAGUGGCAUCAGCGGAGCAGGUUAGCCAACCCACUACCGAAGAAGACCACCCCGUCUUACUGCGACACUUCAAAUAUCACAAGAUCGCGGUGGUAUUAUACUCAGUACGAUGCAUUGCUUGUAUCGAACUAGGAGAAAAUGCCUCGUGGCAGGUUAUCUACACUCGACAAUUUUCGGCAGAGAGGUUCUACCCAGAUUGCAUGAUAGCCACAGCAAGCAUCUGGUACGCCAAUUUCCAGGGGCCUAGUGUGGACUUUGAAUGGUCAGACCUAGAGGGUUCAGAAAAACACUCCUUAACCAGGCACUUGGGGGACCGACUCUACCGAUUUGAUAUGGUUCCUAGUGGAUCUAAUAUUCACAUCGGCUUGGCUCUUGAGGAUUGCCAUGAACACGGGAUGAUCGCGCUUGCCAACGGUAGGCUAAUAUACAAGCGUAUCCAGAAGUACUUAGCUCCCUUCUGGAUGUAUUCCGAUGAGAAGGGAGGUGUGACCCUGCUUACCCCCACCCAAGUGGAUAACCAACUUGUGUUAUUCCCCCCCGACGGAAAACCUGGGUUUCACCAGCUAUCCCGCGCCUUUUUUGAGCUGGGUAACAAUACCAGGGUUCAUAGCUUAUUCUAUGACAACUUCAUCACCCUGGAAGAAAUUUCAAGUGCCAUUAUUCUAAAUAAAAGCGGGAUUGUUUUUUCUAUGGAGGAGAGGAGGACAGGAAGAGGCCAUCCCCUAUUUUUGGCCAACUUUGAUGCUCGCUCAGAAUACUGGACUUCCCUCCACUCUCGGCAGAUAGGGAGAUUCACUGUUACUGUAUAA